AUGGCAUAUAACAAGCCAGGUAUAAUCCUUGCUAGGUCUUCAGAAUUACUUUCAAGAAAUAUUAAACUUGAAGGGAAUAAGGAAUCUUUUAAACCAUGGAGCUCUUUAUGCGCUAUGUCAUUUUCUAAUACUACAAUAUCAGUAGAAGUCCAUCCAUUUUCAGGUUCAUUAACUAGUCAAUUACAAUGCAGCUGCUGUAAAUGGAAGUCUGCAGUUCAUUAUGACAAACUAGAAACAAUUUCUUUACCCUUGCCACCUUUGGGUACAUAUAUAAAAUCAUAUCAUACAGUGGAAGAAUUAUUAACACGUUUUGUAACUAGUGAGAUUGUUCAAGAUGUAUUAUGCGAUGGAUGUGGAAUGCGUUGUUUAGCUACUAAAACUCUAACUCUAGGAAAACUUCCUAAAUGUUUAUGUUUACAUAUAUCAAGAACCACAUGGAGUUCUUCAGGAAUACCAAUUAAAAGAGAUGAUCCAGUAAAAUUUCCCGAAAUAUUAACUUUAGAUCCUUAUACUUUUACAGAAACUAAAAAGCGAAAUGCACAGGGUGAUCCCGAAGCAACAAUGUUACUUAGUCGAACAACUAUACAAGAUAAACAUAAAUAUCAAUUACGCGCAAUCGUAGAACAUCGUGGACCUGUUGAUUCUGGACAUUUUGUUUGCUAUCGACGAGGAAAUAAAAUGAAUCAAUGGCUAUAUACUUCAGAUAAUGUAGUUGAGAUAAUUGCAGUAAAUUUAGAAAUAUGUGAUGACUAA